AUGACUUUGAUACAACAAUCACGUGAUGUAUUUAUGCAAGGUGUAGGACUCGUAGCAGGUAGUCUUAAUUUAAUUGGUAUUAAUGCAUCAAAUAAUCAAUUUAAUUAUCGAAAAAUUGAACAAUAUCGUUGUUCGAUAUUUCUUCAUGAUGAAAUGGUUAUUCGUCAAUUUUAUGUUUAUGAAACUCUUAUUCGUCAUAAUUUUGUUGUUUUUCAAACUGACACUGGACAUACAUUUAAAGUUCAUUUAAUUGCUGAUGUUGUUCCAGGAGAACAAUCACCAAUUUAUAUUGAAAUUGAAAGUACAUAUUGGAAACCAGAUGCACGAUAUGUAGAAAUAACGAAUAGAAAAGCAAGUGAUUUAAAAUCUUUUGUAUUACA